AUGGAACUCACAAUCCCGCUUCUCCUUUAUGGAACCGCCUGGAAAGAGGAAAAGACUGCUCAUCUUACAGAGACGGCUGUGCUCAAGGGCUUCACCUGCAUCGACACGGCCAACUACCCGACGGCGUACGACGAGAAACUGACGGGCGAUGGAAUUGCGGCGGCCCUCAAGUCUGGCAUCAACAGAAGCAAUCUUUUUAUCCAAACGAAGUUCACGCCAGUCUGGGCUCACGAUCCGAAUAAGAUCCCCUUCAAUCCUCACCAAAACAUUGAGGGACAGAUAACGGAGUCAGUACGACAGAGCCUUGAACACCUUCAAGUCGAUUACUUGGAUUCCUUGCUGCUCCAUGUACCAUUUGAGAACGAUGACGACAACCUGAUUGCCUGGAAAGUCCUCGAGACAUUUGUGCCACACACGAUUCGCUCCCUCGGCGUUUCCAACUUCAAGUUGCCCCAGCUUAAGGAGGUGUAUGCCAACGCAACGGUUAAGCCCGUCAUCGUGCAGAACCGCUUCUACAAAGAGACAGGCUUUGACUUUGGCCUGCGAGAAUUUUGCGCAGGGCGAGGCAUAACGUACCAGGCAUACUGGAUGCUCAGGCACAACCCGGAGGUUCUGGCAUCGGACAUCUUGAAGUCCGUAGCUUUGAAGCUCAAUAUCGAAAAGGAACUUGCCUUUUAUGUCUUGAUUCUGGGUUUGGGCGGGACUCAGGUGCUCGAUGGCACGACAAAAUCUGAGCGAAUGGAGCAAGAUUUGAAGAUGGUUGGGGAGGUGUUUGGUAAUAGGGGGCGGUUGCGUGAGCUGCAAGGAGAUAUUGACGAAUUCCGCAAGCUUCUGUCGAAGCUAUCUACUGGGGCAGAGUAA